UCUCUCUCUCUCUAACACACACAUACACACACACACACGCACGCACGCACACACACAUACACACGCGCGCGUGUGCUCUCUCCACUCAGCUCGAGAACAGCACGGCACAACGCAACACGCACUCCAACACGCAGGUCGUUACAGAGCGAUGCUGGUCAGAACGGGGCGAGCGCGCGCCGGAGUGUGAGCGUUUUACGCACGUUGCGCGUUUCAGGGGAGUGUGCGUUUAUACAGGCGUGUAUAGUAAGUGUGGAACUGUGUGUGGAAGUGUCCAAGCCCACGCUGGGAAUUUUGCACCGUGUGGAGGACCCGAGAAAAGAGAUUUCCAGCCGGAGAACGAGGACCGCUCCGUGCGCCAGGGACGGAUAUGCCGGGAGCCCUCGCGCCGCCGCCGCGAGCCCCGCUUUCUCAGAGGACGGUUUAGUUCAGUCUCUCUCCUUCGUGAUGUCAAAAAACACGCUGUAAACCUUCUCGACUCUUUCCCGAACUUCGCUUCUACCCGACACCACCCGAACAGCACCGACAGAACCGCGGAGCGACGAGAAACAUCUCCUUUUUCUUUCCCUUCUCACCGAAAAAACACACCGGUUUCUGAUUCCAUCAGCCACCGGCGACAGCGCCGAGACAUGGAUGUGUUACUGUCACUUCAACACAUCGCUCUGAUUCUGUGCUUCGCCCUCAAAGCAAGCGGACAAGAAGGUGAGAAAUGUGGUGGGCACCUGGAUGCCAGCGAUGCAGGUUACAUCACAUCACCCGGUUACCCUUUGGAGUACCCGCCGCACCAGAACUGUGAGUGGGUGAUUACAGCAGCGGAGCCCACUCAACGCAUCGUGCUGAACUUUAACCCCCACUUUGAGCUGGAGAGGCUCAACUGCAGGUACGACUUUAUAGAGAUCAGAGACGGCAACUCUGACUCGGCCGACCUGCUGGGGAAGCACUGCAGCAACAUCGCCCCCCCAGCCAUCAUCUCCUCUGGCCCCGUUCUCCACAUCAAGUUUGUGUCAGAUUACGCUCACCAGGGCGCUGGCUUCUCGCUGCGCUACGAGAUCCACAAGACCGGUUCAGAGCACUGUUUCCGCAACUUCACCGCUCCGACCGGCGUGAUCGAGUCGCCCGACUUCCCCGACAAGUACCCCCACAACCUGGAAUGCUCGUACAUUAUUAUCGCCCCACCCCAGACCGAGGUCACCCUCACCUUUAAAACCUUCGACCUGGAGAACGACCCCUUGCUGAUGGCCGAGGGCGACUGCAAAUACGACUGGCUGGAUGUGUGGGACGGCCUGCCUCAGGUGUCUCCGCAAAUUGGACGCUACUGCGGCACGAAGAUCCCUCCAGAGAUCGUCUCCUCGACCGGGCUCCUGUCCCUCACCUUCCACACCGACAUGGCCGUGGCCAAAGACGGAUUUUCCGCCCGCUACAACAUGACCCGCAAGGAAGUUAGCGACACCUUCCACUGCAGUACAGCUUUUGGUCUGGAGUCGGGCAAGAUUUCUGAUGAGCAGAUCACCGCGUCCUCCUCCUUCUACGAUGGACGCUGGCAGCCCCGGCUGGCCCGCCUCAAUAACGAGGACAAUGCCUGGACGCCAUCAGAGGACAGCAACAAAGAGUACAUUCAGGUGGACCUACACUUCCUGAAGGUCUUGACCGGCAUCGCCACUCAGGGAGCCAUUUCUAAAGAGACUCAGAAGUCUUACUACGUCACCACCUUCAAGCUGGAGGUCAGCACCAAUGGAGAAGACUGGAUGAUCUACCGCCAUGGCAAGAACCACAAGACUUUCCACGCCAACACAGACCCAUCUGAAGUGGUCCUGAACCGAGUCCCUCAGCCAGUUCUGGCCCGAUUUGUCCGUAUUAAACCCCAAACCUGGAAGAACGGCAUCGCCCUGCGUUUCGAGCUCUACGGAUGCCAGAUCACAGAUGCUCCAUGUUCUGAGCUGCAGGGCAUGCUCUCAGGCUUGUUGCCAGAUUCUCAGAUCACGGCCUCUUCGGUGAGGGACCUGCACUGGGCCCCAGCAACCGCCCGCCUGGUGGCCAGCCGGUCAGGCUGGUUCCCUGCACCAGCGCAGCCCUUGGCUGGCGAGGAGUGGCUCCAGGUAGACUUGGCCACCACCAAGAUGGUGCACGGGGUCAUCACCCAAGGGGCACGCAGCGGAGAAGUGGGAAGCAACUCGGACAACCGGGCCUUCGUCCGCAAGUACCGCCUGGCCCACAGCCUCAACGGAAAAGACUGGAACUUUGUGAUGGACAGCAAGACCAGUAUGCCCAAAAUUUUUGAGGGCAAUUCACACUAUGACACGCCAGAGCUGCGGCGCUUUGAGGAAAUCCCGGCCCAGUUCAUCAGGAUCUACCCUGAGCGCUGGUCCCCUGCAGGCAUCGGCAUGAGGAUGGAGGUGCUGGGCUGCAGCCUGCCAGAAACGUCCACAAUAGCGGCAGAGACGUCCACCUCCACUCUGCCCCCCGCCGCAGAAAGCAGCACCGCCCACAAGCUCAGCUCUGGCUCCGGCACCUCUACCCCCUCUCCGGCGGUGCUGUGUGAUUUCGAGCAGGGUUUUUGCGGAUGGACCGACGACCCGGAUGCUGACCUCAACUGGGUCCUGCACAGCUCCAGCAGAAGCACUGCCCUGGGCCAAAGUCAGGACCUCUCCAUCGGCUCCAACAGUUUAGGAAACUACUUAUUCAUUGAGGCUAACCUUAAGACCCAAGGGAAAAAGGCAAGGCUCUUCAGUCCUGAAGUGGGCCCUGACACUGGCCCACUCUGCCUCAAGUUCUCUUAUCAGCUUGAGGAUGAAGGAACUCUACGAGUUUUGCUGCGCAACCCACUCCAGGAGGAGACUCUCCUCUGGGCUCUUCACGGCAAUCAGGAACCCAUCUGGAAGGAGGGACGCACCAUCAUACCUCGAUCGCCCAAAGAAUUUCAGGUCGUCAUUGAAGGCGUCUUUGAGAAGGCCACAACAGGCCACAUCUGGAUCGAUAAUAUCCACAUGAGCUCGAGCACACCGCUGGAGGAGUGUACCCAACCUUUCACUGCCUUCCCUCCAGAUAUGACUGGGGGAGCCGUACCAGGCAGGAGUGAGCCAACAGUAGAUACGCUGUCAGUACCACCCAUAUCCCCCAACUGGUAUUACUUCAUGGCUGGCGGAAGCGCCAUUCUGUUCCUGGUCAUUGCCAUUGUCAUGGCCAUUGGCUGCCGCCGCCUGACGGCCAGGAGGAGCCGACCCACCAUGGCCUACUACAGCCCUCACAAUGCCCACUACCCGAAUGGUGCAGGGCCCAGAUCAGGGGCGGGCUCUAAGUUAACUGUUUGGGUGGAGAAGGGGGAUGGAAACUCCUACUGGUGAGGGACUUGUGGAAUUGGACUGAAAGCUACUGACAGACAUAGAAGAGAUCUAUGUUGCAGACUUCUUGACAAAAGCCCAGUCGCCAAAACUGGAGAGCAAGAAAAGACUGAAAAGUUAGUUUAGUGGAAGGGAAGCUUCAAACUGUUCAAACAUGUUCAAACAACCGUUACGAUUGCCUUCUCACUACCGACUGAUUUUGCGUAUGGAACUACGGAAUGGAACCAGCAUCUACACUGCUUUUCUUUUGUCUUUUUCUGUGCUCCCUCACUCGCUGGACACGGUGGAUCUCUUGUCUGGCUGGUGUACACAGCUUGUUUACUGCAGAAUGUCCAGCCAGGGACUGGCAACAGGUGCCAGCUUGCUCUAACUGGCUCUCUGGAAGAGUUCCAGCAUGGCUACUCUCACUGUGGGCUUAGGCCCAUCCUCACGAUGGAUGCCGCGGAUGAAAGCUCCUCAGCUGCGGAACCCUCAGGAGCUCAGCGAAGAUGACGUGCAACCCGAUGACCUUAAUCACUGAUCCAGGACUGAACUGACUCCGAUGCUUUGUUAAUCUUUGGCUGUUCUUUGGAUGGGGAGUUGCCUCCUCAGCCAGUCCCAAACCAGGGCUAGGUUCCCAGAGCAGAUGACGGGAAGGAUCAAGAGAUCAGGACUGUCUUCAAGCUGUCAGUGAUCUAAAUAGCGCUGUAAAACUGUUUCUCAACCAGUCUGAUUUACAACAGGGGGGUGAUUGAUGGGUAAAAUUCGCACUUGUCAAACUGUGUUUGCACUUGGAAUAGAUCCUGAUGGCAAUUACGAUUUCCCUCUUUAUUCUUUCGCCAAAGAAGGGAAUGGACCACUUAGAAAAAAGUGAUAUACUGUGAUGCUUGAGGAGACAUCCCAAAAGAUGACGGAACUGAAGGUUUUGUGUGGUGGGUGAGUCAUGGGGCAGCAUGCAAUGCGAUUGGAAAUGGGUUUGUACCUUUUGUACCAAGUGUGGACAUUGAUCAAGCCUUGUGGACAUGCAUUAACAGAUUCAGUGUACGAAAGAAGGCUCAGAUUGAAUUUCCACAUCAUGAGCCAGGCAUCAGCUAAAUUUGAAUCGAUGGGAAAGAGAGUACAGUUAGAAUGAAUGGCAAAAAAAAGAAAAAAAAAUCCAAAAUUACAUUUCGGCCCUAACAAAGUUUCCACCAGAGUGGUCAGAAAUGCUUGCUGGCCUCAAAUGAUGCCAAAAUGAGAGGCAAAGAAAGAACAAGAAAAUCUCCUGCAUGCUUCCUUCUAUGAUAUCACCAGGGUGCUGCCUUUGUUCCUACUGUUCCUCACAUUUUCGCAUUUUCGCCACAGAAAUCCCCCCUCCCUCCCUCCAAAAAGAAAACUGCGUAGGACUGCUUCUUUGCGAGCCAGGAGCACGUAGGCGUGCGUUAUUCCAACCAAACUGUCAGCAUUCAGGCCUUGAAAACAAGCCGUAUAAACAAAGACAGCUGCUUCCCUUAACCACCUCGUCCUAAUGAGGACGGAGAGAGCGGCGGCACAGGAACAGGGUCUGCGGGCUCCCGACAGCUGGUAGCCAUUUUCCUGUGCCGUAGGGUUUCCAGGUCUCCUAGAGCAGCAAAUAGCGUCCGGCGCUGCCAUAUGCUUGCCCGUUCGUUCUUGGCCGCAUUUCGGCUAAUUUAUCAAAUUACAUUUAAUAAAUUAGCAUUAGUGUGCAUCGGUUUUGAAAAGUGCAAGUCAACACAUGCAAAAAAACACGCACUACUAGUGCGAAGACAUGGCUAGCAGCAGUUGUGCAGUAUUGUGGUCAUAUUGAAUUCAGGGUAUAAAUGCAGUACCAAACACUUUUUUUCUCAACAUUUUAGGUUUAUAGUAUGGAUAUGAUCACACAAGUUCACACACAUUCUUAUAUAUAAAAAAAUAAAUAAAAAAGGUCCCCAAAAAGGAUUAUUGGUACCACUUUAAAAUAAGACUACCUUUAUAAAGGGUUUAUAAAUGGUUUACAAUUAGUUUAUUAAUGAUUACUUAUUAGGUUGUAAAUGCCUUAAAAAUCAUUAAUAAUCAGCUGUAACACAUAAGUAGAAAUGUACGUAGACCUGUUGUUUGCCAAAUGGUGAACCCACAGCCAGCUAUAUUGUUGCCCUUUCUACGUAUGAGUUAUAACUGACUAUUAAUGAUUUUUAAGGCAUUUACAACCAAAUUAGCAACCAUUAAUAAACUAAUUGUAAACCAUUUAUAAACCCUUUAUAAAGGUAGUCUUACCGGAUUAUUUGCACAUUGUACACAUCAUAAACAAAAACACUGUAUUAAGGUAUUGAACAAAUGAUGUCAAGCACCAUUGGUUAAUUUCUCUGCUUAAAUACAUCCAAGAAAACACAACCAUCAAUCUGUUCAGGACCUCAGAACUUCAGGACUGGAUUUGAAGAUCCGAAAAAGACAAAACAAAUCAGAGCAUCACAUGUGGUUUCUUAAAAUCCUUCUGGACGAUUCUCCAGAGCAAUGGUUCUCACCGGUUCUCAUGGUUCUCAUGUAGAAAUAGCAAAAAUCUAAGUAAAAAAUGUUAAGGCUUCACUAAGACCAUUUUGGAGAAACCAUUUUUAAAUGUCUGAAUGGUUUAAAACAACCUCUACACAGUGUUUGGUUUGUAUCAUAUUCAGAGCAAAGACAGUCUAAAUUAAUCUACUGCCGUCAACACUGAUCAUAAAAUGAUCUAACAGACUAUUUAACAUUAUUUCUAGCAUUUAGCUAGCCAGCUAGCUUCAAUAACACAAUAGUAAAAGCUGCAUCUGUGGUUGAAGGCACAGAAGACAGAUUGUGUUACUACUCACAUUAUGAAUACAGUCUGUAAUGCAUAAUGCCUUUUAUUACGCCUUAUAAACAUGGCUUGUAAUGCAUUAUAAUGUGUGGUGAAUGGUUCAUAGAGCCUUAUAGAUACUAUACUCUUGGGGUUUGUUUCCCAGACAGGGAUUAAGCCUAGUUGUAGGCUUAAAACCUCUCAAUUCAAACAGUUGUUUAGUCCCAAACCUUGGUUAAUCCCUAUCUGGGAAACUGGAAACCUUAAAUUGGGUCUUAGAUACAAAGAAGCUUUCAGAUCAAAAUAUGUUUCAUAUCAUGAACAUCCAUCAUUUUCUGGCUGUAUGUAGAUUGAUCUAAUCCAGAUUUAGAAUAUACCGCACUGCAGAUGUGUGCACUUGGUAUUUCUGAAUGUGGAUACACAUGCUAAAGCCGGAUUAAAGGGUUUUAAACCCUAAACUAAGCCUAAACUGUUAAUCAUCACCUGUAGGGUGUUGCUAUAGAAACAAGUAGACGUGCGAAGGAAAAUGGUGAAAUUUUCCAGUGUAGGUGGGAAAAAGAGAGAGACAGAGAGAGAGAGAGAGAGAAAGCGAGAGACCUUUGGCUCUUUGUAGGCUUUUUAGUGCAAUUUCCACUAGACAGAGAGGCGGUAAGAGAUGUUUUGGCACUGGCUCGCAAUGUGCUUUUAAAUCAACCAAUCUCCAUCUCUCUCUCCAAUAGCCAUUCCACUCGCCACACUCUUCUUUCCAAGCUCUUAAUAAUUUUAAUUAGUUAAUGGACCAGAUAGCAUUUAUUAAAGCUGCUGGAAGUGUUCUCCUCCAUCCCCCUCCUCCUCCACCACCCCUCCAUCUCGCUCAUCCCUGGAGACCACAUUAAUGAGCGAAAGCUUUCUCCAGGGACAUGUGGCUACUUAUCGCCCAGCAAGGCUUGAUGCCAAACCCGUCUUUCUUUCUUUUUUUCUUCUCCCCAGAUGCCCUCACCAGGGAAGAGUUUCGAACGGCAACACAUUUCUUCUCUAUUGGGUGUAAUGAAGUAAAGCUUGGCUGAUAAUCACCAGAGUAUUGUGUCCAUAACUAUAACAAUAAUAAUAAAAAUAUCUUAAGCUGUUCUAAAGAUCAAUAGAAAGAGAGAAAUCACUCAUAAGAUCUGGAGAGGAUAAGUUUAUCAGAAGUUUCUCAGGGGGUUCUAUGGUAAUUUUCUCUUUUAUUUGAAGGGGUCCUCCAAUAAUUUUAAUUCAGUUUUCCCAGAUUUGUUAUAAAAUAUCUAUUUGUCCACUGCCACGCACUGUAAUUACACCUUGGACGCGUUUCCACAGAAAUCCACGUAAAACACAACAGUGAGUGUAUAUGGAAGAGCUACUAAACACGAUGUCACGUAUCAAAUCAAAUCCAAGUGGGUGUGGUCAAAUAACUUGCCCCUUUUUAAAAGCCAAGUCAAGCUAAUUUUUGAUGGUAGGCUUAGCUGUCAUUCUCUCUUUAAAACUUGUAAAUAGCUCCUGUAAUGCUGGAAAAGAUGAAACCGAAACUUCAUGUGAAGCCCAAACAUCUAGAAUAAUGUAAGAUAUUGGUCAUGUAAAAAAAAAGUGUAAACAACUUAAAAAAAUGUUGAUUUGGUAGGAAAAAUGGAUAUGGCCCAGUUUAAAUUAAGAGACUCAGAUUCAGUUUCUGAAUCUCUUUCUCUGAUUUUGCUAUUUCUAGGUUUAUGUUUGAGUAAAAUUAACAUUUUCGUUUUAUUUUAUAACCUCCAUAAACGAACAACAUUUCUCGGAAAUUCCAAAUAAAAAUAUUCUCAUGUAGAGCAUUUAUUUGCAGAAAAUGAAAAAUGGCUGAAAUAAGAAAAAAGAUGCAGAGCUUUCAGACCUCAAAUAAUGCAAAGAAAACAAGUUCAUAUUUAUAAAGUUCAGAAGUCAAUAUGUGGAGGACUAACCCUGGUUUUAAUCACAGUUUUCGUGCAUCUUGGCAUGUUCUCCUCCACCAGUCUUACACACUGCUUUUGGAUAACUUUAUGCCGUCACUCCUGGUGCAAAAAUCCAAGAAGUUCAGUUUGGUUUGAUGGCUUGUGAUCAUCCAUCUUCCUCUUGAUUAUAUUCCAGAGGUUUUCAAUUUGAUAAAAUCAAAGAAACUCAUCAUUUUUAAGUGGUACUUUAUUUUUUCCAGAUCAUAAGGAUUCAGAUCUGUAUCUCUAGAUCAAAUCUCCACAGUUAUAUAGUCCAACGUGCCAAGUGACUCAAACAGAGCUAUUUCCUAAGAUAUGGACGUUUCAGGGCUUGUAAAAAGCAAUCCAAGCGGCGUUUUAUCUGGUCUGUGUUGAACCGAUUGCUCACAAUGGAGCCCGUCAGCCCACACCUUCGCAUCCUCUGUAAUUUUUUCUCUCGUGCCUUAUUUGGUUUGGACUCAAAUGCUCGGCGAACAAAGGCAGCACUGUACGGUAAAAUCCACCGAGCCAUGGUUGACGCCUCAGGCCUUUUCUUCAUCACACCACACAGCUUUGUGUAGGAGGUGGUUCAGUCUCAUGAUUCAGACUCUACCCUUGUUUAAGACUAUGGUGUUGUUGAUGAUAGUGAUGAUGAUGAAGAUGAUGAUGUUGUUGAUGAUGAUGAUGGUGGCAGAUGGGAAGCACCUUCCUUGUAUGAAUGUACCUGAUAACUGUGGCCACGCUAUACCUCAACCUUAAAAAAAAAGAGUGCACUGUUUAAAAAAAGAAAAAAAGCAAAUGUGAACAGAAUAUUUUUUGCUUGAUGAACUGGAAAUGUGCUUUUGAAAGACGAUAAUAAAGCAUUAUUUUUGUAAA